GUUACUGCUGCGCAGGACAAACAGAAGAGGAGGGGGUGGGGUGUCUGCUGGCACAGAGCACACAGGCUUACUCACUUUCCCAUGUGCCGCGCGACCUUCCCUGGGUCAGCUAUUCACUGUGAUGGGGACUAGUUUUGAAGUCUAGAUGUUUGAUGCUCACCUGUAAGUGAAAUGGGUCCUGGGGCUGCCCUGUGAAACCCUUGACUUUGGGGUAUGUUGCUUUAACGGUUGGAUUGCCGACUUAUGGUCCUUUCAGUAUUGUGGGUAUGCUUCAAGGUAUUGACAACCAGAAUAGGAGUUGAGGUAAAGAUUGGCUGUGGUUUUGAAUCCUUCCAUGGUGGUAACACAUCGCCUUGCCUGCAGUCACUCCUUAAAACAGAACAAUGUCUAAUAUUUCCUGUGUUGCUAUUGUAUAACAACUCACCUUGCCUACGCAUAGAUAAUAACUGGUUUUAAUGUGCAAACAACUCCUAAGGAGUGGCAUCAACAAUGUCAGUGAAACCUAGGUAGCACCGAAACGCCCCACCCUGUUCCGGGUACUUCCCUGCGAUUCCAGGAGAUUUCUCUCCCGUGUCAUCUGAAAGGGUUUUCUGUCUAACAUGCAGGGCUCCAGCAGUGACUUGGUGGUGCCACCGACUCCCUUGAGACCUAGCUCCCGGCUUCUGAUGGACUAAGCCUUCGUUUCGAGGCCAUGGGAGAACGGGAGAGCUUGGGUCACCGGGUGCCAGCUCCCGCCCCUGCUGCUCUUGGGCACUUUGUCUCCAGUAUUCAGCAGUCGGCGGCGGCGGCGACAGAAGCCCCGCGCAGCCCAGCCCAGGACUUGGCAAGCCCAUGCUAGCGCGCGCUCCUCCUCCCGCGGCCCGACCCAGCCCCGCGCGUCUCGGAGGUGCGAACCGGGCGACAUCAAGAUUCGCCUGCAGUUGGGCGGCUGGUGGCGGUGCCCGCAGGACCCAGCCCGAAGCACCCAGUUAGAGGAAGCUCCUGGGAGUUGCUGUAGCGAGGAAGGGGCGGGAGGAGCCUUCUUUUGAAGCCGCGGAGCAUAGGCCGGGGCUGGGAGGGAGCGGGAGAUGCUUCGGCUGCUCGCAGGACACUGAUGAUCCGCUUGCUCGGCGGCGUCAUGUCAUUCCCGCCUAUGCCUCCGCCGCCUCCGCCGCCGCCUGCCCGGACCCCGGGGGGCCCCGCCGCGCGCCAGCUCUCCCGGAGGCCCUGUGCCGUGCCCUCGCCGCCUGCCGCCGCCGCCGCCGCCGCCGCGGGGGAGAAGAAGAAGAGGCCGCCCGAGAUGCUGCUCUCCAGCUCCUGGCCCUCCGCCACCCUGAAGAGGCCGCCGGGCCGCCGCGGCCCCGGUCUGGGUCCUGGCACCCCGCAGCCGCCGACCUCAGCACGCGUUCCGCCCCAGCCCUCUCCGGGCCGUGCGGGAACCUUUACCACGUGCUCCGCGCCCCGGCGGGUCGCCAGCAGCCACAGCCCAGCGGGAGCCACCGCCUCGGGGACUUCUGUGGGGGCGGGGGCCGGGCCAGACGACGCCACGCGCUUCUCCUUGAGCCUCACGCCCGAAGCCAUCCUGGUCAUCCAGAGGCGCCACCUGGAGAAACAGUUAAUGGCUCGGUCCCGCAGGCCCUUCCCCACGCCCUCGGCCGACCCUCGGCGCCCACUGGUCCCUUGUCCCCGGACCAGGACCUCGACCCUGCGGAGGGGCGGUCCCACCAGUGUCCCCGACGCGCCUCUGGCUGUGGCUGUCAGCAGCCGCUCUCCCAGUGCCUCGUUGAUGCCAGGAGGUCUGCAGGCCACUAUGCCCAGCUCGCGCCCCUCCAGCCUGCGCCCUGUGCUCAAGGUGUCGCUCCUCAAUGAGAAGCACAAGUACGACGAUGAGGAGUACGAGGAGGAGGUGGAGGUGGUGGACGAGGGCCUGGUGCGCAAAUGCACCGAGUGGCUGCGUGGGGUCGAGUCGGCAGCCGCUGCAAGGAGCCGCACAGGGCCUCUGGACGCACUGCCUCACCUGAGCACACUGUGAGCCUGGUGUGACCCACCACUGCCUCCUUCGCCCCUUGCCCACCUGGGCUCUUGUGAACCAGGUAGGCCAGCAAGGGACAGGACCACAGCCUGGAACUUUGCUCUGGUGCACUUAGUCAUGGGUGACCCACAGUCUCCUCUAAUGCCCACCGCCCACUUGUGCACCGUGCACCGUGAGCCAAGUAGGUCAGCGUGGGACACAGCAGACUUGCCUGACUCCAAAGGCUGCCCUCUGCUCUUCCUGCUCCCCCUGUGGGGAGGAAGGACUUGUGAAAUGCCUUCUAACCUCUCACCCUAAGGAGUGGUCCCAGUGGCCCUCUGCCCCAGGUGGUAUGCCACCUCUUGGGGACUCUGCAAGCCUGUGACCACCGAGGGUGGGUGGUCUCCUUUUGUAGAGGCCCAAUGUGGUGCUACAUUUUAUGAUUUGUUUCCUUCUGAAAUCAGAAAGAUGUUGGGUGUUGGAAAGCCUAGAAAGUCUGGUUAACUUGUAACUUGUGCACCCUGUGAGUGAGGUCUUGUUGCCACAGGAUGACCCUGGUGGAUUUGUGUUCUGUCUGCCAGCCAUGUGGUCAGCCACCCCACAACCCACACUUUCACACGUAUGCACACGAGAACACUUCCCUCCAGUGGGCACAGGCACACUCAUGCCCAGAGCUACACAUGCACGGCCCCGCUAGCAGUCGUGUGUGCAAGCACACAUACACAAUCACCCGCACAUGCCCGCCGUAACACAUACAUGGCCACUCUCACAUACAUGUGCAUUCACGUACAUACACCAGUCUCACUCACGGUCACACACGUGUCUCCAGGAGCACAGAACUGUUUUCAAGAGCUGCCUCCAGGAAGGAAAACAGGGGUUACGGUUGGCAUUUGCUAAGAAUGCAGCCUUUAUUUGAGGGCACAGCAAUGUCUCCCACACUGGCUAAGGAAAGGGUACCGGGGAGGGGAGGUGCAUGUGUAAAAGCAAGGCAGGGCAGGUCUGCCCACUGUGGAAGUUAGACGAGGGGAAAGGAGGAAGUACCUGUGGAUGAGGGCAGCUGGCUUUCAUCACUGUGAAGACAGGCGACACAGGGGUCUGUAAGCUGUAAAUAGCGACUUUUUAAAUUUUAUUUAUUAUUUGAAUGAAGGGUAAAACUCGUGUCUCUUGGUAGCCAUGCCCUCCCCACUAACUAGAGGGUGAUUCUUUCUUAUUUCUUCUGUGCCUGCGUGGAUUUAACCCCAAGGAUAAGAAGGAAGUGUUUGUUCUAAUCGGAUAAGGUUGGUUGUGGGAGAGUAAUGCAGUACCUCAGUUUGCUUGUCUGUUACUUAUCUUAUGCAAGUCAAUAACUGGUUUAAUGUUUUCGUUAGACUUUAAUGUGUCGACUCUUAAUUGUAUUUUAAAUCGAAGCCUUACAUUUUUAAGAACCAACUACAUAUUUUCCUUGUAGAGAUCUUUGCUCUCUCUGUCUCUGUCCCGUUUCUCUUUCCUUGGCACAAACUUUGUCUAACAUGAAGCCUUAGUUUAGAGGGAGCUACUCCAGCCACCAGAUGAGUUUAAAAACAAGCCACUUAUUAAUUCAUCUUUUCUGACCCGAGGUUGAAAUCUGAGAAGUAGAUUUUCAUUGAUUUUAAAUGAUUAAUGCCAAAGGGGCAAAAUAAGCAACCCUGGCAUGAGCAGAAGGGCUCUUUCUCUAGGUAGGACAGUGGAGAGGGUACUACCUCUGCGCCCUAGCCUGGCACAGCGUGGCUUCGUCUCAUCAGCACCCAAGGCAAACAACAGUACUGCUGCCCUCUGGAAGAAGUGGCCUCUAAGGAGAGCUUCCUCGUUCUCUGUCCAUCUUCUGGUCUUCGUACCGCUCUGUCCAUCCCUGUCUGUGUUUCCUCACUGACGACCUCCAGACGCCCCUCCCUGACUCCCUCUCUAACAGGCCUCAGUGCAAUGCUAAGCACAUUUUCCCUGGUUGGUUACUCAUAGGGCCUUGUGUGCCUGGUCCUCCACUUUAGAGAUGGGGGAGUGUUUGUGUUGGACAGCCGACGACUCUCCCCAUAAGGAAAGGAAGGUCUGUGCUCGCGUGGUCUCUUCAUCAUUGCUGACGUUCUGAGGACAUUUCUAUCACUGUGCUACGAUUUCAUGUUUAAAUAAAAGAGGGAUUGGAUGU